AUGUCUUCACAAGCUCGUCGAGAGCGAGCCAUGAGUGAUCGAGCACAAGCGAUAACUGCAGCCCCUCCGCAGCGACCCGGAAUGGGGAGUCGGACUUCAUCAGCCCCAUCAGGUGCAUUACACAAGUCGGAUCCAGGCCGCAGGUCGGGACCGAAUGUUGGACACACCCUCAUGGAAGAAGAGGAAGGACCUUCGGAUGGGAGCCGCAAUGCGCCGAAGCGAUCCCGCUCUCGGCAGCCCGGCGACGAGGAACCCUCCAAACCCGGUCUACCGGAAGUGACCAUCGCCGUCGUUGGUCAGGAUAAUGCGGGCAAAUCGAGUUUCAUCAAGUGUGCCUUGGAUAUGAAGAAUACCCCGUCAUCUUUCUCAACGAAGAAGAAGAUGUCUCUGGAUGGCUCGGUAUACAUGGUUCGUUUGUUGGAGAUUGAACUACAGAAAGUCACUUUGAGCCAAGACCAAAGUAUAGUCUGGCCACGACUGGAGAAGGACACUGCGCCUCCCGUUGUCGAUGGUGUUUUGUUGCUUCACGAUGCUACCCAAGCCGAUAAUUUCGACGAGGCCAAAGAACUCAUAGAAGACAGCGAAUUGGCUGUGGUUCACGAGCGGCACGAGAUCUACCGAACAUCGCCCGACUCACCCCGAUCGCAGCAGAUGUGUAUCGCUUUGGUCUUGCGAGCUGUUAUAUCGCAUCGAGCAGACCUCGCCGCUUCGUCUGACCGUAAUCCUAAUCCUCCCCUUUCCCCCGCCCCGCCGCGGACGACCACAAAGUCCUUUCAACCCACUCCUCCCCACGACUGGCAUCACUCCCGAUCAAAUUCAUCAACCCCCACCGCCAUCUUCACCGGAGCCGCUGGCGGCUCGACAAUUUCAGUCUCGGAUCGUGUCGAAGGGAACAGCGGUCACCGUCUGCACAGCGAACCGGCCAUCCCUUCUAGUCUGGCGCAACAGCAUGCUUCUAGUUUAUCGCGAAAUGCCAGGAGUAAUUCUCAGCCGGUUCGACCGCUCACCCCGCCAUCUGGCGCGCGACUGAACAAUCGUCGACCGUCCGCACAGCUAGACAACUCCCCGACUCUGGAAAACUGCCACCAACGUACCCCGUCCGCCUGGCGGCAGAGUGGAGCCUCCGACGCCUUUAAUAGCUUCUUGAACAUGGAGGACGAGAUAGAGAACGGGCAAGCCAUGCCCCCGGACAAUGUCCUGCGCCCGAAACCCAGCAGCGAGAGCAAUUCCAGCGCAGAGUCGGGAUUCAGCUUUGACGAACUGGUUGACCGUCUUGUCGCACAACCUAUGUCCAAACAAGACUCGAAAUUCGUCUCCAUAUUUUUAUGUCUAUACCGAAAAUUCGCCGCCCCCGGGGCUCUCCUCAAUGCUCUGAUCACCAGGUUCGAGAAGAACGAAACUGGCAACAGUGACCAACUCGCCCGCAUGGCAGACCAGCUGCGAUUGCUCAAUGUGAUUGCACUGUGGGCCUCAGAUUAUCCCGGCGACUUUGCCCACAACAAAACUCGCAAACGAAUCAACGACUUCGUGGCUACUCUCGAGAAGAGCCACUUUUAUAUGUUUGCAGCCAAAGAGAUUGGGUCUUUCCUCGACUCUAAUUCCGAAGAUGACGAUGCGGGCUGGGCCUUCAGCGAUGGAGAUGCUGAUGAUGCCAGCCCCACAGAAACCUUCUUCGACAACUCCGGACGGAGUUCGCCGGCCCCGUUCCUGACAGGCACAUAUGACGAUGGCGACGACAAUGACGACGAUGAGGAGGAAGAUCCCAUUUACAGCAUGAGCAAUCUGGACCUUAGUGAUGGUCCACAUGACUCAACGUCACGCCUAUCGGGAACACUAUCCAUUUCAUCAAAUACCGACAAACCGUCUGGUACAAUGAACCAAUCAUUUUCGCUCUUGACUGUGGAGGCUUCGCAAAAGGAAGCCCUGCGCCUAGAACUGAACUCCCGAACCAUGCUCACGAAAAUCCAAUGGCGAUAUUUCAUGGAAACUCCCGAUGAAGAUUUUGCGCGAGAGUUGACUCGAAUCGAUUGGAUAAUGUAUAACUCAUUCCGACCCCGAGAUCUCGUGCGGCAUGUGAGUUUAUCGGGCGUGGAGAAGGAUAAGAUCAAGAGCUUGCAGAACGUGAAUAGGAUGAUCCGACAGUUCAAUCAUCUUGCCUUCUUUGUGGCAAGCAUGAUUCUUCUUCGUGACAAACCAAAGCACCGAGCGAGGUGCCUGGAGAAGUUCAUGUCGAUCGCCGUCAAACUCCGCCGUCAAAAUAAUUACAACUCCUUGGGCGCACUUAUUGCUGCUAUCAAUGGUACCCCUGUCCAUCGUCUCACACAGACACGGGAAUUGAUUCCCAUCCAAAACCAGAAGGAUUUCAUGCGCCUUGUCAUCCUUAUGAGCACCCAGCGAAGUCACUUCGCUUAUCGCCUCGCGUGGGAGAACUCUUUUUCCGAACGCAUUCCUUUCCUCCCGCUCCAUCGCCGUGACUUGGUUUCCGCGGAAGAGGGCAACAAAACAUUCGUCGGCGAGAACAAGUCCCGUAUCAAUUGGAAGAAGUUUGAGGUCAUGGGCGAGGUAGUCCUUGGUAUCCAACGAAGUCAACAAUCACCUCAUCCUCAGGCCCAAAAGUUUGACGAUAUCGAAAGAAUGGUCCUCGACUCGAAGUUGUCGGGCGACGAAGAGGACUUAUAUGCCCGCAGCCUUCAAGUUGAGCCAGCCACCGGCAGCGAGGCCAGCCGGAAAAACACCUACCGCGCCCUCCUCCGCGAGAUCCCCAAGGUGUCAAAAUCCACCCCAUCGCCAAUCCACGCCCGCCUCAGAACCCUCUUCCGCUCCGAGCCGCAAACCGCCUCCACAAUCAAGACAACUUCCCCAGCCUCCUCAAUAGCAGGGACCAGCGGCACGGACGCAAUUCCCUUCUCCACCCCGACCACAAACGAAGAACGCGCUUUGCGCUUGCAGGAGGCUGAGCAGUUGGCGCAGUAUGCUCGCGCGCAGCGCACCUAUGCGUCCCUGUUGGAGCGGUAUAACCCCGGGAUGAACAUGGAUGAGGAGGAGAAGAUUCGUCUUACGGCCCGACGGGUUGGUAUGGAUUUGCCUGAUUUGUAUGAAUCUGAGAAAAAGACCGAGUGA